UAACAACAAAAAAAAAAUAAUCUAUCUCUUCUUUUUUCUCUCUCUCUCACACAACAUUCAAAAAAAACACAAAAGUAUGCCACAAAGAGAGAUUGCGCAAACAUUUCAGUGAUUUUUGGUUAAUUAUCCUCGUGAUCCGUGCACAAUCAUCAACUGCAUAUGCCUUCUUUCUCCUUUUCCCUAUUUUCUUCCUUUCUUUGUUCAACACCCUUCUCUUAGGAACAACCCUUUUCAAGUUUUGGGAUUUGGAGGGUGCAAAAGGGAAUCUGAAUUUUGUGAAAAUAGCACUUUUAAAACAAUGGGGGGACAAUUGUGACAAAUAUGGAUCCCCAGGCCUUCAUUAGGCUGUCAAUAGGUUCUCUGGGGUUGCGAUGCACCGGAAUUGAGCUGAGCACUGAAAAAUCUGGAAUUCAAACACUCUCUUUACCUUGUGUUUGUGAGAUACGGCUUCGAGGUUUUCCUGUUCAAACGUCAUCAGUGCCCGUGAUAUCCUCCACAGAUGUUAUACCUGAUACUCAGAACAUUGCUUCUAGCUUUUACCUUGAGGAAUCUGACUUAAAAGCAUUGUUAGCUCCUGGUUGUUUCUACAACACUCAAGCUUGUUUGGAGAUUGCUGUGUUUUCAGGGAGGAAGGGAUCCCAUUGUGGAGUUGGCAUUAAAAGGCAGCAAAUUGGUAUUUUUAAGAUGCAGGUUGGCCCCGAAUGGGGUGAAGGAAAGCCGUUGAUUCUCUUUAACGGAUGGAUAGGCAUUGGCAAGAACAAACAGGAUCAUGGAAAGCCGGGUGCGCAGCUACAUUUAAAAGUGAAAUUAGAUUCUGACCCUAGAUAUGUGUUCCAGUUUGAAGAUAUAACAACAUUGAGUCCUCAGAUAGUUCAACUGCAAGGAUCCAUCAAGCAGCCAAUCUUCAGCUGCAAGUUUAGUAAGGACAGGGUUUCCCAGAUUGACCCAUUGAGCGCUUGGUCAGGUUCUGCUGACAUUUCUGAUUUAGAGACAGAGAGGAGAGAAAGAAAGGGGUGGAAGGUGACAAUACAUGAUCUCUCUGGCUCAGCUGUAGCUGCAGCCUUCAUAACAACUCCCUUUGUUCCAUCUUCAGGUUGUGAUUGGGUUGCCAGAUCCAACCCAGGAUCUUGGUUGAUUGUUCGUCCCGACAUAGGUAGAUCUGAGAGCUGGCAGCCAUGGGGAAAGCUCGAAGCAUGGCGUGAGCGUGGCAUUAGAGACACUGUUUGCUGCAGAUUCCAUCUUCUAUCUGAAGCCCAAGAGGGGGGUGAACUUCUUAUGUCUGAAAUACACAUAAGUGCUGAAAAAGGUGGAGAGUUUUUCAUAGACACUGAGAAACACGUGCGAACUGCAACCAGUGCAGCAAGUCCAAUACCUAGUCCACAAAGCAGUGGAGACUUUGGUGCGCUGAGUCCAAUGGUUGGAGGUUUCGUCAUGAGUUGUAGGGUUCAAGGUGAAGGGAAGCGGAGUAAACCGUUAGUACAACUGGCAAUGCGACAUGUGACGUGUGUGGAGGAUGCUGCCAUCUUCAUGGCGCUUGCGGCAGCUGUUGACCUCAGUAUCGAGGCCUGUAAACCUUUCCGGAGGAAGGUGAGGAGAGGUUUCUGGCAUUCUAUGUGAAGAAGGCAAAUGUAUUUGUAAGCACUUUCAUGAAUGUGAUUGUUCUGCCUUUGCUUUUUCAUUUCUGCAAUGCUUAGAAAAAUGUACAGCAUAAGUUAGUGCCUCAUUGCCCUGCUGUGAAUUCUUCAACAUAUUAGCAUUGUGAUGUCUGUGCCUGCAUGACAAUGUGGCUUUUGUACAAUUAAGGUUCAACAAACAAUCUCAAGUUAAUGAUCUUUUCUAGAAUUCACCAUAUUCUGAAAAGCUCCUAUGUUUCAUAGCUGUUAUUGUUAAAUGUCAAAGGUAGACUUGUACAUUGUAUUAUCCUUGACUGAAUUUUACUAUAUAUGUACAGAUUUAUAAUUUUGAAUA